AUGUAUCCCUUCAACUUCCACACCAAAAGAACAAGUUUUUCAAAAUCUGGAAAACUGAUAAGCAUAAAAAGAAAUAGAUUGCGAGAUAGUUCAUUUGAAGGGUUGAAGCUUCCAAAGGAGUUCAUCAUGGAGGAUGUCAGGCCACGUUCAGUGGCCUGGCUGGGAUACGUUUUAUUCUUUUUUCUCAGUAAUUUAACAUUAAGACUGGCACCAGUUUUGGAGGACAACAUAGGAACCGGAAGGCAUUCAACAUUCUGCCAUUGUCGAAUGGACAGCGGAAGAAUCAGCUCGUUGGCUGUUCGACUGACACUCAGAAGUUCGGAUGACAUCUUGUGUGCCGACCAGAUGAUUGUGUGGUCGGUGCAACGGAGUACAGUAACGACGAUUUUUGAAAAUGAUGAGAGGUGGGCUGUGGUGGACGUCAGCACGUUUCAGAUGGUGGUCUCAUGA